AGGCGGGAGGGUUGCAAGGAGGUCUGGGGGCAGGCUGUCUGUCCCCGGAGGCCUCCUCCUCCUCCUCCUGACGCGGGCUCUGCACCUGCUCCUGCCUCUUCAGCUUCUCUCGCCUUUUCUGGGCGCCCUUUUGAGCGCGCGCUGGGGGCUUUGCGCCUCUUCUUCUUCUUCUUCUUCCCCUGUGACUGUGAGGAAGGCUAGUAGUAGUAGUAGUAGUAGUAGGUGCUGCUGAAGCCGCCUCCCCUUUGCCUUAGGAAAGAGCUUAGAGCAACAACAAAAGGCAGCCAGGAGAAACUUUUCCCACGGGGAGGACCUUCCUCCUCCAAGCAGCAUGGCCCUCUCUGGCCCUCGGUGGGCCCCUCGGCCUGGCCCCCUCCUGCUCCUGCUCCUGCUCCUGCUCUUGCCUUUGGCCGCCCUGCCUUCCAAGCUGAACAUCCCCAAAGUCCUGCUGCCCUUGGCGAGGAGCACCAAGAUCCACUUCACCCUGGAGGCGAGCGAAGGCUGCUACCGCUGGACUUCCACCAGACCAGAGGUUGCCAGCAUAGAAGCUAUAGAACAAGACAACCGCCAGUGUUCACAAAAGGCUAUUGUCCAAGCGAAAUCAUCCCAAGUAUCACGUCUAACAAGCAUUAUUUUGGCUGAAGAUAUUUUGACUGGUCAAGUGCUUCGCUGUGAUGCUAUAGUGGACAUAAUUCAUGAGAUCCACAUUGUGUCCACUACAAAAGAAUUGUAUCUAGAGGAUUCACCACUGCAAUUGAAAAUUCAAGCAUUAGAUUCUGAAGGAAAUACUUUUAGCACUUUGGCGGGGCUUGCUUUUGAGUGGAUGGUCAUGAAAGGUCCAGAAAUGAAUGGAUUUUCAGAUUCUCACAAUGCACUCAGGAUCUUGAAGUUCUCAGAAUCAACAUAUACACCACCUUCCUAUAUAUUAGAGAUGGAAAAAGUCGCCAAACAAGGAGACAUUGUUUUAGUGUCUGGAAUGAAAACAGGGAGUUCAAAGCUAAAAGCAAGAAUCCAGGAACCUGUUUAUAAGAAUGUACCUGCUGCUGAAGUCAGAUUGUUUAUUUUGGAAAACAUCAUUCUAAAUCCAGCUUAUGAUAUCUACCUGUUGGUAGGAAUGUCUGUACAAUAUAAAGUUGAGAAAAUAAGACGAGGGAAGAUUACAGAGCUUCUGAUGCCUUCUGAUCACUAUGAACUACAGCUUCAAAACAACACAUUCAGUCCUGGUGGAGAACCAGCCUGGCCUGUUGCCAGGCUGGAUCAGGCAACAUCCACAGUUACUGCACUACAACAGGGACAAUCUAACAUUGUACUUUCCCACAAAAGCAUUUCAAUGCAAGGUGCUUCCAAAUUACCAAAUGGCACCAUUUAUGUUGUGCACCCCGGAUAUUUAGGAUUUUUAAUUUGUCCAGGGGACAGUUGGGUCUUGGAAACAGAAAGGCUUAUGAAAUCACUAUCGAAGUAUCGAUAAAUCAAGCAUAAGGUGUAUUUAUCGAUGUAAAAUCUCCGAAUUGAUGUGCCUUUCCCAAAGGAAUACUUCAAGAUUCUCCAGUCCUCUUUGAACGGUUCAUAUCAUUAUGUGAAAGUGAUGAAGGAGGGUCACACUGUUAUUAGUGCUACAUUAAUCUCUAUUGUAGAUCAGGAUGGAGGUGUACACACAUUACCUGUUCCAGUACAAAACUCACAAGAAGUAGACAUCUAUGUGCCAAUUUCACUUUUGCCAAGCAUUUUGACAUUUCCAUGGCAGCCAAAAGCAGGAGAAUAUCAGUAUACAAUAAAGGCUUAUGGGGGAAGUGGCAACUUCACCUGGUAUUCAUCUGAUCAAAACAUUGCAACAGUAACAGUUAAGGGAGUAAUGACAACUGGAAAUGAAAUUGGUGUUGGUACGAUACGUGCCAUUGAUGUUCAAAAUCCACUGCAUUAUGGGGAAAUGAAGGUCUAUGUGACAGAACCCAGUGGCAUGGAGUUCACACCUUGUCAAGUUGAGGCACGUGUGGGUGAGAUAUUGGAGCUGCCUCUGAGGAUUAAUGGCCUAAUGAAUGAGGAAACCAGUCAGAUGGUCACCUUGAGUGAUUGCUCACAUUUUGAUUUAGUGGUUAAUAUUGAAAACCAUGGUGUAUUCAGGCCAAUUGAAGGGAGGCUGAAGCCAACCCCUGAGUUCUGCAGUGGGGUCAGAGUUAAAGCUGAAGGCCAAGGAUACACUGAACUUAUAGUCAGUUAUACACAUGAUCAUAUUCACCUCAGUGCCAGUAUCACUAUAGCUGUCUACCUGCCACUGAAGACUGUUGAUCCUGUUACUGCUGCUUUGGUAACUUUGGGAUCUUCCAAAGAUAUAAUGUUUGAAGGAGGACCCAGACCUUGGGUUCAAGAGCCAUCAAAGUUCUUCAGGGAAGUUAGUGCUGAACAUCCAGAGGAUACUGGUUUAUCUUUAGUAGGACCACCAGCAACUAGGAAUCCUUUUCAGCACUGGGUCAGAGCAUCUUGCAGAGCCCUGAGUGAACAAGUAAUAUCAUUAACAAUUGGAAACAAGCCCACUGUUACUAAUCCGUUUCCAGCUGUUGAAUCUGCUCUUAUGAGGUUAAUCUGUGCCACUCCUUCCCGAUUCACUUUGGUACCUAUAUAUGCAAAUCCUGAACUAGGUCUCUCCUGUCCCUUUCUUCAUCAAAAUAAGCAAGGGAUUCCUGUCUCAAAUUAUCGCAAUCCAGUAUUGGAGUUGGAGGUUUAUGAUCAACAGGGGCGUAAAUUUGACAAUUUUAGUUCUCUUAAUAUCAUCUGGGAAUCAACAAAAUAUUCAUUAGCCAACAUAGAGGCCGGUAUGCUGCUGGAGAUGACUGUGAAAGAUCAUGGAAGCAAUGAGAAAAAAAUGCGAGGUUUGCAAACAGUUUUAGUUAAGCAUAAACCUGGAACAACGACGAUAUCUGCUACUGCAGUUGGAUAUGAACACUUUCAUCUUGUUACCAACGAAGUGAAUAAACCAUAUGAACCUCUUAUACCUGUAUCUGCAACUAUUGAACUAAUACUUGUGGAAGAUGUAAAAGUGAGUCCUAAAGAAGUGACCAUUUAUAAUCAUCAAGACAUCAAGGUUGAACUGCUCAUUAUGGAGGGCUCUGGAUAUUUUUCAAUUAAUACCAGUGUUGUCAACAUUGUAAAAGUAGCUUAUGAAGAAGUUCAAGGUGUUGUUGUGGUGCAUCCAUUACAUCCAGGUUCAGUAUCUAUAAUGAUCCAUGACUUGUGUCUUGCUUCUACUAUGAUUGCCAAAGCUGAAGUGUAUGUUUCUGAUAUACAUGAAGUACAUCUGGGAGUUGUUGACAAGGUAGAAAUUGGUAAAAAAGUUAAAGCUUUCAUCAGAGUGAUAGAUGCUUCCAAGAAAUACUUUCCAGCUAAAUACUUCACCUUCAUGGACUUAAACCUUAACUCAGCAUCUCAAAUUGUUUCCUUAAAAGCUCUCAGUGAAGCUUCUGAUGAUCACACUGCUGUUUUUCUAGUUCAUGGCAUUGCCAUAGGUCAAACCAGUCUUACAGCUGUUGUCACUAACAAAUAUGGAGAGAGAAUCAGUUCAGCUCCACAGCAGAUUGAAGUUUUUCCUCCUUUUAGACUGAUACCAAGAAAAGUAACCUUGCUCUUAGGUGCAGUGAUUCAGAUUACCUCUGAGGGAGGACCACAGCCUCAAUCCAACAUUGUCUUCUCCAUCAGCGAUACCAGUAUUGCCUCUGUGAACAACAGUGGCCUUAUAACAGGCACAUCAGUUGGCAACAGCACUGUAACAGGGAUGGUUCAAGCUGCUAAUGCUGAGACUGGCCAAGUUGUGGUGGUUUCUCAGGAUAAAGUUGAAGUCGAGGUAAUUCAGCUUGAGGCUGUUAGAAUCCAUGCACCCAUUACACGAAUGAAAACUGGCACUCAGAUGCCAGUGUAUGUGAUGGGUAUCACAAGCAAUCAAACUCCUUUUUCAUUUGGCAGUGCAGUGCCAGGAUUAACAUUUCAUUGGUCUGUCACCAAGCGGGAUAUCCUUGAUGUCAAAUCAAGAUUUACUGAGGCUUCUGUUCAGCUCUCCAUUCAGAAUAACUUUGCUAUGGAUGUUUAUGGAAAAGGGAAAGGAAGAACAGGACUGAAGGUUGUUGUCAAAACCCUUGAUCCUUCAGCUGGACAAUUUUACCACAUGUCAAGAGAAUUAUCUGAUGAAAUCCAAAUACAGGUAUUUGAAGAUCUAAUUAUUAUGGGGGUAGAAGUAAGACAGAUCUUAAUGUCACCCAAUUCCUUUUAUAAAGUCCAAACCAACAGGGACAGAGUUGCUUCUCUGAGUUACCGUGUAUUGAAUGAUCAAGAUACUUUCCCUGUGGUUAAGGUUGAUGAGAGUGGCCUUCUUAAGUCUAGAUCUCUGAUAGGGCUGUCAACUUUAGAAGUAAUUUCACAAGAACCAUUUGGAAUCAACCAGACUCUUAUUGUUGCUGUCAAGGUGGCUCCUGUUUCUUACUUGCGAAUAUCCAUGAACCCAGUUUUUCACACUCACAGCCAUGAAGCAUUGAUGACAUUGCCAUUGGGUAUGACAGUGACUUUGAUGAUCCACUUCCAUGACAACUUUGGAGAUACUUUCCACUCACAAAAUUCUGUCCUUGGAUUUGCAAUAAACAGAGAUGAUUUUGUACAGGUUGGGAAAGGAGUCUCCAACAACACUUUGAUAAUCCGAACAAUGAAUGUAGGCCUGAGUUUGCUAAAGGUCUGGGAUGCAGAGCACAACAAUAUGGCAGAUUAUGUGCCUCUUCCUGUGCAAUAUGCCAUCUAUCCAGAGCACAUAGAUAUUAUCAUAGGUGAUGUUAUUUGCUUAACCUCCUCACUGGUAAAUCAAGAAGGUUUGUCAGGAAUAUGGAGUUCUUCUUUGAACAGUAUUCUUCAGAUUGAUCCAAAGACAGGAGUAGGAGUAGCAAGGAAUUUUGGAACUGUCACAAUAUAUUAUGAGAUUCCUGGAGUACUAAAGACAUACAGGGAGGUGUCAAUUAAUGUACCUGAGAGGAUUGUAGCAACUCAUGUGAGUGGGCUAAAAACAAUUUUGCAGGGCACUUCAGCUUCUAAAGUGAUCAUUAAAAUUGGACAGAGAAGUAAAAAUAUGAAAGGAGAAUGUUCUCCUGCUCAAAUUGAAGUAAUUGAAGAAAUGAAACCUCAGUCUAUUAUCAGCUGCCAACUUCAUUUCAACAAUGAUAUAUUUGAUCUCCCAGUCUCAGAGGUUUUUACAGCAGAACCUGGGUUUGAUGUAGCUUCAGGACACUAUACUUGUUCCAUCACAGUACAGAAACUUACUGACAAACAGCUAAAGCAACUCAGCAUGAGCAAAACCACUAUCAUUGUUACAGCUUCAGUCCUGGACAACCAUUUCUCCAUGGAGCAGAUCAGCACUGAAGUGCCAUUUAAUUCAGGAUUUUUUGCUAAUCAGACUGAAAUUAUCCUAAGUAAUCAUUACACAAGUUCUGAUGUGAAGAUCUUUGGAGCCAUUGAGAUUCUCGAGAAUCUUGAAGUGAAAUCUGGCUCGCCAGUUGUGGUGGCAUUAGAGAAGGAGAAAUCCUAUGGAUUGCCCAGUUAUGUAACAUAUACUGUUGCAUUAUCAGACCCCAGGCUCACAAGCAGAGGGUCUUUAUCUACUACGCUUACUGUAUCCAGCACAGUGACUGACCAAUCUAUCACUAUCCCAGUGACAAUUAUCUAUGUGUCUGACAGGAUUCCAUCUUUGAGACAUGGACCAGGUGUAUUCCAGUAUUUCCUUGACUCCUAUCAAGCCAUGUUUUUUACUCUUUUUGCUCUGUUAGCAGGGAUGGCAGUUAUGAUCAUAGUGCAUUAUGCUAUAUUCUCACCAAAAGAACAGCAAACCCAUCCAGCUUUCAUCCCAAGGACAAGUCCUCAGCACAGACAAUAUGCAGGAAUUCCUCUUACAUCUGUAGGUUCUAACAGUCCUACAUCUUCAAGCAAUGGAAACAUCUCUCCCACGAGGUUAUGGAGUCCAGGAUAUGCUUCCCAUUAAAGAAGCCUAUUUUCUACACAAAGACUCUUACUUUGAUUUUUAAAUGCUAAUGCCUUUACUAGUUGUUAGUUGAAUGUCAAAUGGAAGUUGUUAAUGCUUAAGCUUAUAUUUCUUUUUCAAGAAUGCAACAUAAUUAGAGUAUAUUCCUUAAUACACAUGUCUAUAAUACUUCAGUUGUUUAAGAUCUGUUCCUGUAUGAUCAAUCAUUGAGUGCAUGGUCCAGUAUUUGUGCUGAGAAAGCUUGACUUCCCCCCCCCCCGCCCCCGAUUUACAAACUUCAGUUCAUUUGAGCUAUAUCUUUUGUUUGUCAGUAUAGAUGCAUAGUACUACAUUUGUCCAUUUACGUCCUGUGGAUAUUAUAGUUUUAUAGUUUUAUAAUGAGGCUUAAGGCUGGCAAAGAAUGGAGGCAUAAUAAUUAAAACAUGAGCCAAAAAGCAUGAAGGAGUAUACUUUCCUAAAGGAUUAAAAUUUUAGCGUAACUUCAAAUUUUAUUAAUUUAUUUUGAGACUCAGGAAUGAACUUGCUGCACUGACACAAUUUUGCACUGUUUGGCCUUACAAAUAUUUGAAUUUCUCAGUUCUCAGUUUAGAGAGUAGUUAUGCUUGUAAUAACUAUGAAUGGCUGUGCCGUUUUUGUAGGAAUGGGAACAUAAUAGCUGGUGGAGCACAAAGACCCUCUGCCAUUUGUUGGUAAACUUUUUUUUUAAUUAUAUGCUAUUAUAAUAUUAUGCAGACCAACUUUUUUUUAAAAAAAGAAUUUAUUUUAAGCAUUUUAAAAAAAUGUUAAUAUAAAAAUAGUUCUUGCAAAUGUUAAAUACCUCAAAAGAACCGAAUCUCUGUGUACAUCUGGUGAUCAUUAUCAGUUACAAGGAUCAGCAACAUUUAUUCUUAAAAUACUGCACAAAUCUGAAUACCAUUGAAAUGUGAAUUAAAGACUGCACACAGAAGUACAGUCCAUUUGGUGUUGUUUAUCACCAGGUAAUUCAUAUAACAGUUAAUAUUUCAUUUUUGUUACAUUUUCUGUAAUGUUAAAAACUAUGUGCAUAUCCCAGCUUUACUUGAAGUUAAUGCAAAGUUACUGCCGGUUGUUAGGUAGCACAAAAAUUCACCUAGAGAAUACACACUUCAGUGAUUUAUAUAUACGGCUGAUCCAGUCAGUACCUCACCUAAAUAUAUACUGAAAAAAUUAUAUUAUAAAAUUUAUAUUAUAAAAUUGCAGCUGUCUGUGAGUCACAGAAGGGAUUUCUUAUGGACUUUUACUUUCUUUUCUCCUGCCAUUGCUGCACAGAGCUGCAAGCUUUUGUUCAGUGGCUGUAACAUAGCCACAAACACAAUUCUCAGAUCUUGUAGCAAUAAGGAGCUACAGGUUCAAUGGGGAAUAAUUGUUUCUAAAUUCCAGUUUACUAGCCUGUAUCUUUGGAAAUGUAUGGAUAUCCAGUAGUUCAGAGGUGGCCUUCUGGCAAAAGCAAUAAGCCCUUCUGUAAAUCCAUCUUUACCAACUAGCCAGAAAAUAAGGCUGACAAUAAAAUACAAAAAUAAAGUGUUUGGAGAGGUUGGAAUUUUUAAAAUGCAGUGUUACCAAGAGACUGUCUGCAGUAUGUAGUCUUAAGAUAGAAAUAUUUCCUAAUUUCUGAUAUAAAAUAGUAUUGUGUGCUGAAAUUUCAUCAGGUACCUUUCCCAUCAGCCAUAAGUAAUAAGAAACAGAAAAUCUCAGGAACUCUUUAAGUCAGGUAGAUCAAUCCUGAAUAGAACUGGAGGGGAGCGCUGAGGUGUUGUGUUCUUCCUGCCCACUCCCUGUUUUUCCCAGAGAAAGUGUUUGCUUCCAUUGGUUAAAACGCAUGACAUACCUAGGACUUACUCCAAGUUGAUAUAGAUGAAAGGCUACAAAUCAGGUCCUUCUCCUGGAAACAUAGUGGCUCUGAAUCCAGCAGAUCUCAAUCUGGCCCCAACCAGCAAACAGACCACUAUGUUGCACAAUUUUCUACUCAUUCUCCCCACCAGUGGGAGAACACUGAUGCUAAAGCUUUCCUCCCCGGAACAACUGCACCAUGUGCACAGAGGUAGUGCUUCUCUUUGCUGUUGAAGAACUGCCAUGGAGGCACCAGUGCAAGCUCCUAACUAUCUUAAGCUAACAACUUUGAGAAGUUAGGACUCCACUAUAAUGAUAUGAAAGUUUGACUGUGAACAAUUCACUUAACUGUAAAUUCUACCAAAAAAAAUCUUAAUUGAUGGUAUGGAAAUUUUUGAAAGUUGUACAAAAGGUCCUGUGAAAAAAGUUGUACAUUUCUCUUAAGAAGCUGUUUUUUACUUUGUUUUUGCUGUUUAAAUUUGCCUGGUGCUUGAGAAAUAAAUAUGUGCUUUAAACACA